GACAACAUUGUUGGUCGUUAUUUAUACCAAAUCACGCAAGAGACCCGCUGUGGCGACUCUCGACAUGAGAACACUUGAAGUAGCUUCAUCAUAGUCUCUGACUGUAAACAACGUAUUGACCACCAUUGGCUUGCAAGUAGUUUAGGGCAGGGGUCGGGACUCUACUGCUCGCGAGCCAUAUCUGGCUCUUUUGAUGGUUGCAUACGACUCGCAGAACCCUCAUAACAACAUACUGUACAUGUCAUAUCUGUCGUGCAGCCAACGCAAAUUAGGCAGAGACAGUCUGUCGUCGUGGGGUUGCCGUAGUUUGCUGUGACAGUCAACAUACGCAGGCCUAUAAGGUUCGUACGCAGAUCGGGUCGGAACAACUAAAUUAUGGAAACGCUUUUGACAAAGGUCACUCAAAGGAAAAAAAGCUGAGGUGUCCCGAAGUUUUCAACAGGAACGGACAGCCUUUGUGGAGAUUGAGGGUUCUGCUGUGCCAAAAUUAUCAUGAUAAAAUUGCAACAAUGAAAUGCUCAAAUGUAAAAGUACCACUUCGACACAUGCCUUACUCUGUUUGCAUCCGAAUACCCUCGGGGAGACAGCCGGUAGAAAGCAUGUCAAGAGCUAGCAGAGUCCAAGUUAGUCAGCAGCAAAUCCGUGUUUGGACCCAACAAGGUGAAUGCAAUUCAGAUGGCUUUGCUGGCGCAUUAAAAAUUGUGAGAAACGGAAAGCCAUUCACCGAGGGGCAAGUAUACCAGAGCAUUCAUACUUGAUGUUGCCAAUAAACAUUCUGACGGCUUUGCAAAAAGAUAAGAUAAUCAAACGAAUAAAAGACUUGCCUUUGUCGGCAAGAACUGUUCACCAUCGUACCAUCAUGAUGGAAAAUCAAAUUGAAUUACUUUCACGAUGAACAGAUGGAAAUCCCAAAGCCUGCAAGAAGCUUCAUCUGACGACACCAGAAGUCGCAUUCAUGCAGGAAGCUUGACUGAUGAACUCUUGAGCCAUGUGGAGGAAGUUUCUGUGUUCGUCUUCAUAUCUUCUCAUGUUCCACCGUCGAUCGGGCUUCGUCUCCAGGAUGAGGUACAUGAAGAAGCUGCAGCAGGAUGACGAGGCAUGCCUUGCAGCACUUGUGACAGGACAUCUUCUCCUCUUCCACCGACUUGAGCCUAUGCUCCGCAGGAACAAUGCAGGAGGUUUCACCAGCCCAACUCUGUACUACACAGAUAUGCAGUCGGUGGUGCAGGCGCUGGGCGCUACAGAGUCACUGCUGAACGAGUCUCUUCUCCUCGGCUGCCGUGAGGACAUGCACGCGUACUUCUGCCUGGAUGUGGCCCAGCUGGAUCGGGAGUCAGUAGAGAAGUUGUGUGAAGGAACCUUUGUGGACCUGAAGAAGUCAUUUUUUCUGCUGUCAGGAGCGGAGGCGCCUCUUGUGGCCAAGGGCAAGGCGCUCCUACGCUGGCAUCAGACCAACAAGUACUGUGGUGCCAGCGGUCAGCCGACAUGCCGAAACCAGGCGGGAAGUCACAGAGUGUGCGACACCACCGGCAUGGUCUUGUAUCCCACGAUGGCGCCAGUGGUCAUCGUGCUGGUGUCUGACGGCCAGCGAUGUUUGUUGGGCAGGCAGCCGUCAUUUCCGCCCGGACUGUACAGCGCUCUGGCUGGUUUCUGCGACAUGGGAGAAAGCCUGGAGGAUGCACUGCGUAGGGAGGUAGCGGAGGAGGUGGGCCUGGAAGUGGAUGCCAUCUCUUACAGCUCGUCACAGCACUGGCCGCAUCCACACAGCUCCUUCAUGCUGGCGUGCCACGCCCACGUUAGCCCUGACAAAACUCAGCUCCUUGUGGACCACACAGAGCUGCAGGAUGCUCGUUGGUUCACUUUGGACGAGAUCACUGCCGCCCUGAAAGCAAAGUCUCCGCCCAGCGGAGGUCUCCUCGCUGCUGCUCCCUGGCUACCGCCAAAACACGCCAUCGCUCACAUCCUCAUCCGCGAGUGGGCCGAGAGACGGCGCGACCCUGGGAGGCCGAAAGUGUAGAGAUUUCCGCUCCGGUGUCCAGCCAGGUGUUUUAAGAAGGAAGAGUAGAAAUGCUGAACACAAGCUUGACUUUUAUUCCACAAAAACAAUAUACUGUACCUGAAUUAAUCCUCGUGACCGUCAUACUGUAUUUUCUCGUGUCACGUCUCAACACGUCACACAACUUGAACACAAUUUGAUCUUUUGGAUUUGUUAUUCAUACUCGUCUCUUUUCAAAAGAAUGAAUAGCGUUCAAUUUAAAAUUCUGACAUGAAACUUGAAAUUGAGGGUGUUAUGUAUAAUGUGGUUAGCGGCUACGCCCCACAGGUAGGAUGUGACCACGAGUUGAAAGAGAAAUUCUGGAAGGAUCUAGACCAGGGGUGUCAAACAUCCGGCCCGUCUGGUGGUUUGGUACGGCCCGGGGAAGAAAGCUGCAUUGUAUAAAAAAAAAUAUGAAUUUUCUUUAAAAUUUGUAGUUCUUGUAUUAUCCGCUAGGGGGCGCAGUGUUUUAGUACGUGCAGACAACAUGAAAGCAACACUGCGGCGGAACUAGGACCACCUUGACCUGGUAAAAUUGAACGUCUGUACAGCGUCUAUUGGCGACAAUUGCAUUAUCUACUUUUCCGUUUGCCUCGCACCCUCAUCAGCAAAAUGUCUUUGUCAAAAAGGAGAAAAGUAGACACAGUGUCGGACUUUUCAAGAAAAAUGGACAUGUUCUUAUAUGUUCACGGAGGUGAAUGGGAAACCCGUGUGCCUGGUGUGCCAGCAGCAAGUUUCGGUGCUUAAAGAAUACAAUAUUCGGCGCCAUUACGAAACUCAGCAUGGUGUAAAAUACAACAGUUUGCAUGGAGAAUUGAGAAAACAGAAGGUAAAUGAAAUGAUGGCGCGUCUGAAGAAACAGCAAUCUGUUUUCACCCGGAGCCGAGAAGCCAGUGAUGCUGCGGUGAAAGCCAGCUACCUAAUUGCGAGCCAAAUAGCAAUGGCAUCAAAGCCGUACAGUGAUGGAGUUCAUCAAAAACUGCUUGCUGACGGCUGCUGAAAUUGUGCUGAGAAGCGACAUGCUUUCGCCAAUAUAAGCUUGACAAGAAAUACCGUGGCAGACAGGAUUUCGGAACUCUCUGCAGAUUUGGACCACCAACUAAAACGCAAAGUGGGGUCAUUUGUGGCAUUUUCUGUUGCAAUUGAUGAGAGUACUGAUAGCACGGACGUCGCUCAACUGGCCAUAUUCAUUCGUGGGGUUGACAAGACUUUGAAUGUCACAGAGGAGUUUCUCGAGCUGGUGCCGAUGAUCGACACCACAACAGCUGGGGACAUUUUCAGCUCCGUCGUCGUUGGAGCGCUGGACAGAGUCGGAGCGGACUGGUCGCGCGCCGUGAGCCUGGCUACUGAUGGUGCGCCGUCAAUGAUCGGUAAAAAGGCAGGCGUUGUGACAAAGUUCAGAGAUAAAGCACAAGCCCCAAAUGGGGGAGGUAAUUUUUGGACAUUUCAUUGCAUUUUGCAUCAGGAGGCAUUACGCAGCAAAUCGCUAAGAAUGGAUCACGUCAUGGAGGUGAUUGUCCGAACUGUUAAUUUCAUCCGAGCCGGAGGUCUCAAUCAUCGUCAAUUUGACAGCUUUCUCAGUGACUGCAACAUUAUCCACGGUGUGCCUUAUCACACGAACGUACGAUGGUUAAGCAGAGGUGCUGUGCUAAAGCGCUUCUUUGAUUUACGUGAUGAAAUCGGACAAUUCAUGGAGGAAAAAAGGUAAACCUGUUAAGGAAUUCCAGUGCCAUCUGUGGCUGCAGGACCUUGCGUUGAUGGUUGACAUCACUGAGCACUUGAAUAUUCUUAACAAAAUGUUGCAGGGACGCAAAAAAAUCGUAACGCAGUAUUAUGACAGCAUACGUGCAUUCAAGUUAGAGCUCGGGUUAUGGGAGACGCAGGUGGCAAGCGGUGACCCUGCUCAUUUUCCCUGUUUAAAAGAUAUGUGCGCAGCAAGCGUUAAUUCUGACGUGAAACGGUUCAAAGAGAAGAUUUCAGGGCUGUUGAUGGAGUUUGAGAAAAGAUUUCAGGUUUUUAGCGAACUCGAAACAGAUUUUGCAGUUUUUCGCUCACCAUUCACAGUCAAAGUUUCUGAUUUGCCCGUUGCCAUGCAACUUGAAAUCAUUGAUUUGCAGUGUGAUGUAGCGCUGAAGGACAGAUUUGCCUCUGUAAGCUUGGACACAUUUUACAAGUCGCUCCUACCAGGCUAUCCUGCAUUGACAGCACUAGCUGCUAAAACAUUGUCCAUGUUUGGGACAACCUACCUUUGUGAGCAAGUUUUCUCACUAAUGAACAUUAAUAAAACAAAGCUGCGCUCAAAGCUCACACAUAAGCAUUUGAAUGAGAUUCUGAAAUUGGCUGCUUCUCAGGACAUGAUGCCUCAUAUUGAUGCACUUGUGCAGGAUAAACGAUGUCAAGUUUCAAGGGCAAAUUCCAAGCAAGACGAAUAAUUGCUGUGAAAGUUAUUCAUUUGUUCAAAUUGCUUUCCGGAUGUUGAAAAACAGUGUUUUCAAGUUCCACAAGGCUGGUACUAAAUGUUUUUGGAACAUUGUUACUAUUUCUGUGAUCAGUUUUAUGUACAACACACUUAAAUAUAUGUUUAACUGUGUAAAAGUGUUGUUAAAAUUGCACAUACUUUAUUUAUGUUCUUAUGUUAUUCUCUUGUUCAUAAUAUAUUGUUCAUAAUGUA